AUGGCGCCGCCAUCAGUAACAAACUUCCCCGCUGAGGUGGUUCCUCAGGCCCCCGAGGAUCCCCUCUUUGGGCUGAUGAGGGCGUACCGGGCCGAUCCAAGCCCGGACAAAGUCGAUUUGGGAAUCGGUGCGUACCGUGACGAUAACGCGAAGCCCUGGGUUCUGCCAGUGGUCAAAAAGGCGGACGAGAUUCUGCGCAACGACCCCGAAGCGAACCAUGAAUACCUUCCCAUUACGGGCCUCGCCGCACUUACCGGAAAAGCUGCCGAACUGCUGCUUGGAAAAUCGGCUCCCGCCAUCGCCGAGAAGCGCGUCUCCUCGGUACAAACCAUCUCUGGCACCGGCGCCGUACACCUGGGCGCGCUUUUCCUGGCCAAGUUCUACAAGAUCCAGGGCACCAACCGGACCGUCUACCUCAGCAACCCGACCUGGGCGAACCACCACCAGAUCUUCACAAAUGUCGGCCUGCCGAUCGCCACGUACCCGUAUUUCAGCAAGGAGACCAAGGGGCUGGAUUUCGAGGGGAUGAAGGCGGCGCUCAGGGAGGCGGCGGAUGGCAGCAUCAUCCUCCUGCACGCUUGCGCGCACAACCCGACCGGCGUGGACCCCACCCCGGAGCAGUGGCGCGACAUUGCCUUGCUGAUGAAAGAGAAGAAGCAUUUCCCCUUCUUUGAUACCGCCUACCAGGGCUUCGCCUCGGGCGACCUUGACCGGGAUGCCGGCGCCAUCCGGCUGUUCGUCGAAGAGGGCUUCGAGCUGGUGAUCGCGCAGUCAUUCGCCAAGAACUUCGGCCUCUACGGCGAGCGGGCCGGUUGCUUCCACUACGUGGCGAGCCCCUCCUCUGAUGCGGCUGAGAUCACGACCCGCGUCGCCUCGCAGCUCGCCAUUCUCCAGCGCUCCGAGAUCAGCAACCCGCCCAUCUACGGCGCCCGCAUUGCGUCCAUCGUCCUGAACGACUCGACAUUGUUUGCCGAGUGGCAGGACAAUCUCCGUACCAUGUCCGGUCGCAUCAUCUCCAUGCGCACGGCCUUGCGGGACAAGCUCGAGAAGCUGGGGACGCCCGGGAAAUGGAACCAUAUCACGGACCAGAUCGGCAUGUUCAGCUUCACGGGGCUAACCGAGGCCCAGGUCCUCAAGUUGCGGCAAAAUUACCACAUCUACAUGACCAAGAAUGGGCGGAUUAGCAUGGCGGGCUUGAACUCGAAGAAUGUGGACUAUGUUGCGAACGCAAUAGAUAAGGUCGUACGGGAGGUGCAGUAG